CUUGCAACUGUUGUGGUGUGUUUUCUCAAGAUCUCAGCUUUUGUGCUGAACAGACUUCAGCCUCGACUGGUACCUGUAGGUAUACCCCAAGGGCCAAGGCAGGAAGAGUCUCCACCUGGCCAUUCUGACUUCAUUGCUCUUGAAACUCUGACUCUUGCUUUUCAAAAAGAAAAAGAGAUUGAAAACUCUUUUGGUUCAUGCUGGAAUGUUCAUAAUCGAAAGACAAGUAAUGCACGGUUUGGGAUCUCGGCAAUGGCAAGCGAACUUUUGUCUCCUCGACACACGCGCAACCCCGGGGAUGAGGGGUUUCGCACUCCCACGAUUGAGGAUACACAGAAUGACCUAGAGGCCUUUCCAUUCCCGUCGAGAGGGAGUAGAGUGCGCGCGGCGCAUACGUCGGCUCUGGAAGCGCUGAACCAGUCUUCGUAUCAACAGUCGGAGGGGCACAGCAACAAAGAACGUCGCCGGCGGCGGCGGGAAGUGGACUGGUCUACUGCUAAGAUUGGAUGGAAGGGGAGGCUUCGUCACUUCACGUGGGCUUAUUUCACGUUGACAAUGGCGACUGGAGGAAUUGCAAAUGUUCUGUAUUUUAUACCCUAUAGAUUUCGCGGGUUGGAGACGAUUGGCAUCAUUUUUUUUCUGCUCAAUUUGGCCUUCUAUGUGAUUAUCUGGUGCCUUCUGCUUACUCGCUUCUACUUAUACCCCUACACGUUCAAAGCGUCAUUUUUGCAUCCGACGGAAUCCUUGUUUGUCCCUGCAUCAUUGGUAUCCUUUGGCACGAUUCUGAUCAACAUCUCCCAAUAUGGACCCGGCCACACCGGCGCAUGGCUGACACAUGCGGUGGGCAUACUGUUCUGGAUCGAUGCUGCUCUAGCCGUUAUCUCCUCCGCCGGCAUAUAUCUGAUUCUGUGGUCAACGCAGACAUUCACAAUCGCACAGAUGACCCCCAUCUGGAUCUUCCCCGCAUAUCCCAUGCUGAUCAUCGGCCCUCAUGCGGGCGUCCUAAGCUCGACCCUCGAACCCUCGCGCGCCCUGCGCAUCAUCAUCGGAGGCACCACCAUCCAAGGGGUGGGCUUCCUCGUCUCAUUGAUGGUCUACUCCGCCUUCAUCUACCGACUGAUGUCGCAGAAGCUGCCGCGAGAAAAUGUGCGUCCGGGAAUGUUUGUGUCCGUGGGUCCCAGCGGGUUCACCGUGUCUGGGAUCGUCAAUAUGGCGGCGCAUGCCAAACGAAGCUUCCCCAGCGACUUCUUGGGCAACGGGCCCCUCGCCGCGGACAUUGUGAAGGUAGUCGCUGAUUUUGCGUGCUUAUGGCUCUGGGGACUAGCGCUGUUUUUCUUCUUCAUCGCCAGCUUCGCGCACUGGUCGGUGAUCGGACCAGGGAAGAUGGUCUUCUCGAUGGCGUGGUUUUCGUUCGUCUUCCCGAAUACCGCCUUGAUCACGGCGACGUUUGCGAUCGGGAAGGCGUUUUCGUGCAAGGCGAUCAACAUCAUUGGAUGCGUCAUGGUGCCGCCGUUGAUCCUGAUGUGGCUUUUCGUUCUCUACAUGAUGGUGCGGGCAAUUGUGACGCGCCAGAUUCUGUGGCCGCAGAAGGGCGAGGACAAGGAUGAAGGUGGAUUCGAGAUCCGGGACAUCAAGCCCGAGUCGGGAGGGAGUACGCCUACUGAAGAGGUUUGAUGAUGAGUGUGAUGAGUGUGAAGGUUAGCAUUUCUUGAAUAGAUUAGAUAUAUAUUAAGAUCAUGAGUCACGAAGUA